AUGUCCAAUGCUAUGUUCCUCCUGAUGCUCUGCAAGACUGGUCUGAGAGGGAAACUGCAGACCUUUCCUGGGAAAAUGGUAAACACUGCCAUCUGUGAUGAAGAAACUGGAAUGCAAGACAAGGAAGGUACAGAGGAGUCCAUUCUGGCCAUGCUUGGGAUCAUCGGCACCAUUCUCAACCUGGUAGUCAUCAUCUUUGUCUACAUCUACACCACGCUGUGACUGUGAUAAAAAUACAUUCCUAUCGUUUGCAUUGAACAGCACAGCACAGCAGACCUACCGGCUGCAGCCAUGUUAUUUGGCUGGGAGUUGGAUCUGUGCCGAGGCGGUGCCGUGUUGUCGAUCGACAUUCCCAACGUUCAAAGGCAUCUAAGACUGUGUGAUUACCGCGCCGCUUGUAACCUAUGGCAGCGUCACCGAGCGGUGUUGAGACUAUGUCUAUGGGAGACUGGACCAUUCCUAUGGAGCCUUUGUCCCGGGCCGUCAGUAUCAUCCCGAGUCUCUGAUACUACUUUGACCUUUUAACCAGUAAAUAUGCAUGAGGCUAG